AUGGCAACUAAACCAGAAUUCUUAGUCACCAAGGAGAAAAUGUUAGUCGCAUUGGUGACCAAAUCAGUCACAACUUCAAGCCCUGCAAAAACAAAUCAGUUGUAACAGUUUUGUUCUAUGGAAGUGAUAGACCUCUUUCAACAUACAUAAAAAAAAGGUAACAUAGCGUUCACAGAUCAAUAAAGAUACAAAAAGGUCCCUUAGUCAUAUUCAUUCUUGAAAAUGAAAACGUCCAAAAACUGUGGCCUUAAGCUUGCUUUAAAUGAAUAACAAGGACUUUUAAAGUCAUUGCAAUUCACUCUUAAAACAAAUGGAAAAGCAUGGCAACACUGACUCCAAGCUUCCCUAGUUUAUCCUGAAUUUCUGAGUGACUAAAAACAAUUGGGUGUUUCUUUCAUAACAGGCAACAGUCAAAGGACUUCAAAUUUAUUCAUAUAUUGAGGACGUUACCCAAAAACUCAUGGAAUCAAGGCAUGCAUUUUUGCAAUCCCAAGGCUUACUGUUUGUUGGAAACCAUACUGUAUUACAAAACAGUUUUGACGCUGUCAGUACAAUAAAACUCUGUAUGAGGGAAUUUGGAUAG